CCUGUGUCAUUCUGGUGGUUGUGCUGCUGACGCUGGAGCUACUCAUAGACACCAAGCUGUUGCAGUGUGAGUGGUAGAAACCAAGACAGUGAGACGUCACCUGAGAUUAUCAUAAUAAUAAGGAUGUGGAUGUUUGAGGACAUGAUACUGGGGUGGCGGUUUGUUACACUCAUUGUUUAUGGUCCUGGCUUGCAUUAGCUUUCUUGGAGAGGGAGAAAAGUGGACUGCUCAGCACAAUUGUUUACUUGUGAAUUGCUAUACAAAGGCAUUAGGUCGAUGCAUGGAUUCGAGAUCAAUGACAAAGGAGUAAGUUCACAAGAUCUUAAAUGGAACACAAACUAAGCGGCAGAUAGAUCAUGUACUCUUCCUCUUGUUACACUGAGCUGCAGUUUGGAUGGAAGGGUAUCUGGCAAAAGAUAUAUAAAUAGAGGUGGUCAUAAAGCUAUGAAGCAAAGAAUGAAAAAAAGAAAAAUAUAAAACCAUUUUCUCACAGUGUGACAAACAUCUGUUGUAGGUGAAGGUGUUUCUUUAAUUAAGGAUAGGCGCCUGCCGAUAUAACGCAGAUAACAGCUCUUACCAAUAUACUUACGCAAUUAACAGUGUUGGAUUGAACAUGAGCAAAUGAUAGCAACAUAGAAAGUCACCAUACAAUACAAUAAUAUAUAGUAUACUUACUAAAGCUAUAGACCAAGACAUUAGCCAGGCCAAUAUAUCAUCCAAUAUAAGCUUUUUGUAGAUAUAUCAGUAUUUAGGUAGAUAUGCUAGCCAAUAAAUACUUUUUGAGAUUAAUUUUUUUUGCUACCAAAAACUUAGAAGUUUAUUUAUCAACUGCAAAAUGUGGCAUUGUGGUCCGAAUUCUUUGUAAAUUUAAGGGAUCAUCAUCAAAAAUGUUUUAAUUUAUUAUAAUUAUACUAAAUAUAUAUUUAAUAUAUACCUUGAACCUUUUUUGGGGGGUGGUCACGCCUACAUUUAAGCAAAUUGACUGUUUUUGAUCAUCAAACUAUUGAAUUUAGGCCUAACGGUUGCUAGGAUUGAUUAAAUAAUUGGACUGUGAGAUUUCUUUGAAGGGAGGGAAACAACAUAUUAAAAAAAAAAAAAUGAAUCAGUUCUGCCAUGCAGAUGACACGGUUUUAAUUUUGAAAAUGACCAAAAGGACGAUGACAGUCCCAUCUAUCAACACAAUAUAUUCUUAUUAUAGUAUGAGCAGUCUGUGAAUGUGCUAUGGUCAUACCUAAUGGUUACAUAAAUGUUUGUGUGUAAGACAAUUCAAGAGUUUUUGGACCUGCCAGAACAGAAUAGAUGUACAACAUGUAUGUGAGCAUGUGCAGAUAUGUCUACUGUAUAAUUACUCUGUGUCACUAAUAACCUAUCCUGGGACCUGAGGGUCUGAUCAAUCAUGGUCUGGGGAAUAUAAUCCUUCUAUUAUUAUUCCACAGUUAACACAAAAUGUCAAGUGAUCAAAAUACCCAUGUCACCCCGGUAUCAACUUCAUCUACAUCAUCUGGCAUGGUGGAGACGUCUUCAUUUAUCAUAAGUGGAAGGUCAGGGGUCAUACCUGUUUGAAGUCACAGGGCUGAGUGAACAACACACGUGACGGAGAUAUCACUCUAGCAGUAUCCAAAUGCACUUAAGUCUUUACUAUUCCCCUGGGACUGACUGACUGACUAGACGGGGCAGACAAAGGAAAAGUAAGACAAAUGUGUGAAGGGAGAUUAGCGGACAAAGAAAUCAGGCAAUACAGAGUUGGCUGGUGGAUGAGUAUGGGGAGGACUUGAGGAAGAUGAAUGGACUGAUAGACAGAUCACUGAACACAGCAAACAAAGACAGAUGGGAGGGAGAGGUGACGCGUGAAGAGAAAUGCAUCAGCUGACAGCCGAGUGCUGUUGCAGGCUGUUUACAAUUAGCCUGAUGAAUAGACAGGAAGAUACAGACACAUGUAUGUACACUUGUGUUGAAUUCACAUUUAUGAUGUUGCUUUCAUCUCUGUCUGUGCUUUUAUGUAUGUGUGUGCAUGAAUGUGCUCAUACAACUUUACUGCACCGUGUCAAUGUUACACAGCAGUUAAUAAUGCAUUCCAGUUUGCCAGCAUCAUCCAUUGGAUCAGCCUGGCGAUUCUCUCUGUGUUCUUCACUGAGACGGUGUUCAGGAUCGUGGUGUUGGGGAUAUGGGAUUACAUAGAGAACAAAGUAGAGGUGUUUGAUGGAGCUGUCAUCGUCCUUUCUCUGGCCCCCAUGGUGGCCUCCACAGUGGCCAACGGCCCCAGCAGCCCCUGGGACGCUAUCGGUCUCAUCAUCACACUGCGCAUCUGGAGGGUCAAGAGGAUCAUUGAUGCCUUUGUGCUGCAAGUGAAGGUGGAGAUGGAGCUGGAGAUCCAACAGUAUGAGAAGGCCAAGGCGGUGAGGGAGGAACAACUUGAUCGUCUCACCCAGAUCUGCCAGGAACAGGCAUUUGAAAUCCGGCAGCUGAGGGCCCACCUGGCCCAGCAGGACUUGGAUCUGGUAGCAGAGCGUGAAGCAGCCAUGCAGAUCCAUCACAUGUGGGGUAAACAGAGCAGCAGUUUCCAGGAGGUGGACGGACUGGCCCCUGGGGCCUCUGAGCAUCACGGGCCAGCUAAAGCUAGAGAGCCCGGGGGACCUGCAGAUCACCACGGUCAAGACGACAUGAACAACUACAUCAGCCAGUACUACAGUGAGCCAAGCAGCGAUAUGGGGAUCCCAGACCCUGCACGUGUCAUCACCACAGCAGCCAUAGAUGUGCACCUGCCGAACAACCCCAGCCAGCUUCCCCCCUCUCUGGUGAGUGCAGACGCAGUGCCAUCCAGUCGCUUGCAGCGCACGGGCAGCUCGGUCAGCGAAGCCUCCACCACCACGGUGUCCUGCAGCAGCUUCAGCGCCCGCCAGCACAGCAUCAGCAGCCACACGCUGGGCUCCACCACAGAUUGCAGCUCCACGGUGAGGGAGGCCUCCACCUCCACAGAUUACAGCGACCAACGCUGCUACCCUCCACCCUACAGCAGCCCUCUAGCCCUGGGCACUCAGCCGCGAGGGAGCCCCAGCGCUGUGAUGCAGGAGCUGCUCUCCUCUCUGACCGAGAACUCCUGUCUCACCCAGAAGGGCCUGGACCCGGUCAACCUUAAACCGCCCAGCCCGACAGGUUCCACCAAAACCAGCCCUGAGCUGGAGCAUAGGGUCAACAUCUACAACAAGAGGAACCAGGAGAGCAGAGUGGGGCUGCACUCCAAGCCUCUCAUCCAUCUGCAGGGCAACGAGCCUCUUCUAGAGGAGAAGUACAGGAUGAUGGAGUCAGUAGACGCCCCUGUCAACCGUCUGUCAGAGACAUAAGACUCUGCCUGACAUGUGGAACUUCACUGGACUCGCUCUUCAGAUCAACUGCAAAAAUUAACGCUUGACUAAACUCCGGUGUAGAUGGGAGUCACCGGCAUAUAAACAGUAUGUUUGUCAUCCUUUUUGUACUGUUGGGACUGAGAGGAUGAACUUGCCAGAGCAGCACACAAACAGAGGGGAUGAAAGACUGGAGGAGGCAGAUUUGUUAUCAGGCACCACUUAUCAGGAAUUCCCAAUUCACUCACAAAAACACUUUUGGAGUUUUAUGAAAAACAUUACCAAAAGAAACCAGCACCUGGGCUCAAGCCCAACAUUUUCAAGACAACUGGUCUACGCAGAAAAAAAAAAUAAUGUGGCUUUUGAUAUGGUAAGUUUUGGUUUGAUUUGAAGGAAGUGAAACCAGUGAAGGGAUGGUGCUGAGGGCUUAGUUCCUCUGAUACACUUUGUAGGAAUUGGAGAUGCUGAACAGAUAAGAUCAUGUAUUGGAGGGCCACAAACUGUGAAUCACCUCCUGCAAACUACAAGGGAUGGAUUUAUCACAUGUGUAGGUGUAUCAGCUGUUUCGAUGGUCAGUCUCGUCUCCAAACUCCAAACGGUCCUCUUUGAUGGGACUGCUGCAGGGUACAUUGGAUCAGUCUCAACUUCUUUCUAAUCUUUGUCUUUCUAUAUUAGCAAUGUUAACAUUUUUAUCUAAAUUCUAUGAGUGGAAAGAGUGCUGCAGACUUUUGACUGGUGAAUGAUUUAAGUGAUUCAGAGUUUUUAUCCAGGUGCCAUGACUGGAAUCUGACCAAACCCAGCUGAGUCCACGUUUACUGAGAUUUUGCAAACAGCAUGUCCCACACGCACCAAAUUCAUUGAAAAGCUACCUGCACAUGAUUAAUCUGAAAAUCAUUCAGGUCUAAAAUAUUACCUUUUAUGAUGUUAAUGUUUGGAAGCUGUGUAGAUAUUUCUGAAUGGGUUAAUCACAGCCAAAAAUAGUAAGAGACUUAAGUGAAAAUGUCAAAAAGAAAAUUAUAGCAUGAACCUUCAAGAUUUGCCUCUUAAAUAUCGCAAACUAACCUUGUUUAUUGUUGUAGCGUUAACAAGCAUUUUCUAAUCUUGAUCAUGGAAAGAGGGCAUUGCACAAUGAAUAAAAUAAAGAGAAAACAUGGCAAAAUGA